AUGCAUAACAACUCAAUAUGUAUUCAACCAUCCAUGAUCUCUUCCCGGGCUUUACCAAUCAUUUACAUCUUCCUUUGUAUUGUUGGUCUCCUUGGAAACUCUCUCUCUCAAUGGAUAUUUUUAGCAAAAAUAGGCAAGAAAACAUCAACACACAUCUACCUGGCACACCUCGUGACUGCAAACUUGCUUGUGUGCAGCGCCAUGCCUUUCACGGGUCUCUACUUUCUGAAAGGUUUCCAAUGGGAAUAUAAAUCUGUACAAUGUAGAGUGGUCAGUUUUCUGGGAACUCUAUCCAUGCAUGUGAGUAUGUUUGUCAGCCUCUUAAUUUUAAGUUGGAUUGCCAUAAGCCGCUAUGCUACCUUAAUGAAAAAAGACUCCAUGCAAGAGAUCACUUCGUGCUAUGAAAAACUAUUUUAUGGCCAUUUGCUGAAAAAAUUUCGCCAGCCCAACUUUGCUAGAAAACUAUGCAUUUACAUAUGGUGUCUUGUACUGGUCAUAAUUAUUCCAAUUAUCAUAUACUACUCAGUUGUUGAGGCUACAGAAGGAGAGGAGAGUCUGUGCUAUAAUCGGCAGAUGGAACAAGGAGCCAAGACUUCUCAGAUUGCAGGUCUCAUUGGAACCACAUUUAUUGGAUUUUCAUUUUUAGUAGUACUAACAUCAUACUACUCUUUUGUUAGCCAUUUGAGAAAAAUAAGGACUUGUAUGUCUAUUAUGGAGAAAGAUUUGACUUACAGUUCUGUGAAAAGACAUCUUUUGGUCAUCCAGAUUUUACUAAUAGUUUGUUUCCUUCCAUAUGGUAUUUUUAAACCCAUUUUUUAUGUUCUACACCAAAGAGAGGACUGUCAGCAAUUGAAUUAUUUAAUAGAAACCAAAAAUGUCCUCACAUGUCUUGCUUCAGCAAGAAGUAGCACAGACCCCAUUAUAUUUCUUUUAUUAGAUAAAACGUUUAAGAAGACACUAUAUAAUCUCUUUACAAAGUCUAAUUCACCACAUAUGUAA